GUUCAAAGGAACUCUUACAACAUAUGCGAAAUCCUCAUUUUUAGGGUUUUCCCUUCAUUAAAAAAAAACAAAACAAAACGGUAGCAACCCCAAAAGUGUGAAAUUCCAGCACCCAACUUGGCAAUGUCAUUUUUCUUCGGCAAGUCAAUCAUGAUUCUAAACUGGUAAAUGGAUUUUCAAUUGUAUAAUGCUUCAUCACUUUUGGUAUUCAGAAAAUGCUCAUGAGUGAGUCCAUGCCGAAACAGAAUUUUACGAGCAACCAAAGUUAUUGUAGUUAAUGAAAACAAAAAAAAACAAACAUUGAAAAUGAAAAACAAAAUGCAUUACGAAAUAAAUUUGAAACAUCCUCAUUAGGGGCGGCCCGGUGUUCCAGUGGUUAGCGCCUCGACCUCACAUGCAGAGGUUCGAUUCCAGCUCCGGCCCCCCUGUGUAGAAUUUGCAUGUUCUCCCCAUCCCUGCGUGGGUUUCCUCCCACAUUCCAAAAACGUGCAUGGCAGGCUGAUUGAACACUCAAAAUUGUCCCUUGGUGUGAGUGUGAGUGUGAGCGUGCGUGGUUGUUCGUCUCUGUGUGCCUCUUGUGGCUGAGCUCUUCCGGCUCGUGUCAUCGUCCAAUCAGCAACGCUCCAUCAUUUGCCAUCAGCCAAACAGAUGCUUGGUUGACUCCGCCCCUUCUCAUGAGAGACUUUAAAAGUCUGCAAUGUCUGCAAACACACACUCACACGCACACAGCCACAGCCAUGUCCCACAGUCAGAGCCCACUCACUCAAACACGACUGGAAAAAACGUGGGUGCCAUGGGUUCCCAACCGACUAAGCAAGCGUCGAGGAUCCUCGGUACCGCAAUUUACCAACUCACCCACCAUGAUAGUUAUGGUGGGACUGCCCGCCCGAGGCAAAACGUACAUCUCCAAGAAACUUACCCGGUACCUCAACUGGAUUGGCGUCACAACCAAAGUGUUCAACGUGGGACAGUACCGUCGUGACGCGACACGCUCCUACAACAGCUUCGAGUUCUUCAAACCUGACAAUGCCGAGGCCAUGAAAAUCCGGAAGGCGUGCGCCAUCGCUGCGCUCAAGGAUGUGUGCGAGUACUUCACCAGCGAGCAGGGCCAAGUGGUGGUUUUCGAUGCCACCAACACGACACCACAACGCAGAGAGCUCAUUCUCAGCUUUGCGAAGGAAAACGGCUACAAGGUUUUCUUUGUGGAAUCCAUCUGUGAUGAUCCAGAGAUCAUUGCUGAAAAUAUUAAGCAAGUGAAGCUGAGCAGUCCCGAUUACAUUGGUUGUGACAAGGACGAGGCUGUAGCUGAUUUUCUGAAGAGGAUUGAAUGUUACAAGUUAACAUAUGUGGCACUGGACGAUAACAAGGACAGAAACUUGUCCUACAUCAAGAUCUUCAACGUGGGCAGCAGAUACCUGGUGAACCACGUGCAGGACCACAUCCAGAGCAGAAUCGUUUACUACCUCAUGAAUAUCCAUGUCACACCACGCUCCAUCUACCUGUGUCGCCACGGCGAGAGUGAGCUUAACCUGGUGGGCCGAAUCGGAGGGGACUCAGGCUUGUCGGCUCGCGGCGCCAAGUUUGCCAGCGCUUUGCAAACCUACGUGCACAAGCAGAGCAUCAGCGAGCUAAAAGUGUGGACCAGCCACAUGAAGAGGACCAUCCAGACAGCUGAAGCUCUGGGCGUCGCCUACGAACAGUGGAAGGCUCUCAAUGAGAUUGACGCUGGUGUGUGUGAGGAGAUGUCCUAUGAAGAAAUUCAGGAGAAUUAUCCUGAAGAGUUUGCACUACGAGACCAAGACAAGUAUCGCUACCGCUAUCCAAAGGGAGAGUCUUACGAGGACCUGGUCCAGCGUCUGGAGCCCGUCAUCAUGGAGCUGGAGAGGCAGGAGAACGUGUUGGUCAUCUGCCACCAGGCUGUCAUGAGAUGUUUGCUGGCAUACUUCCUGGACAAAAGUGCAGUGGAACUGCCCUACCUCAAGUGUCCCCUUCACACGGUCCUCAAACUCACCCCAGUUGCCUACGGAUGUAAAGUGGAGUCGGUCUUCUUGAACAUUGAGGCUGUAAACACACACCGUGAUAAGCCUGAGAACGUGGACGUGGAUAGAGAACCAGAAGAAGCGCUAGAGACUGUCCCGGCGCACAUCUAGACCACCACACAAAAAAUGAAAACAAAAAACCCCACCAAGUAGCAGGUUUGAUUCCUCAGACUGUGUGUGGAAGCGAUUACAUUUUAAUCAAAAUCUUAUCAGGUGUGUUGAUGGAGAGGCAUGGCCCAACAGCACAACAGACAUACAUUUGAGAAUUUACUUUUGUAAACAAAUCAUUUUUUUCUGCAUUUGCUGCCCACCCAUCAAAUGAGAUGGAUGGACAGCAUACACAAGUAAGUAAACGUUGUCAUCUGCCUCUAUCUGAAAUUGUGUCAUUCUGCACUUCUGUUAACAUGAUAACAGAAGCAAACAUUUAUAAUGUCAGAUCACUGAUCUGUGCUAACACAGCAGCUCUACUUACCGCUAAAAAGUAGGGCAAUCUAUUUUAACAGCCGAGUUGUGGUUGGUGAAACUUGGUAAAGGUAGAGCUGGGUCCUUGCGAUGAAGCCAGGGCUUCAUCAUUUAUUUCUGCGUAUUUCGUGACUUUUCUGACCCCAUGAGUGCCUAUUAAAAAAUUAAGUGAGUCGAAAUAAUCUAUAAUUGGAGACCUAGGAGUACAUGUUCUCCUCUCUAUGACAGUUUCAAAAGCCGUUAUUGGCCAAUUUAACCGCAGACACUCCAUUGAUUAAAUGGCCAUUAGGAUUUUAUUGUAUUUUGCCCGUAAGGGUUGUAAUUCAUUGUAAUUAGUGCUGUGGAUUCACCAAGUAGAGGAUAUGCUGGUUUUGGAAUCCGCCACUGCAGUUCCGCUUACCUUUUGGCGCAGACAUGAUAUUGCUUUGGAGUUUGUGUGGUUUAAAAAAAGGGACAUUUUUUCUUCCUCUCCUGGCACAACUGGCUGAAACAAAAUUUGAAGGCUGGAUUAUGUAAAGUAGCUAAAAUUGAAAAGACAUAGUUUCCGGGAUAGGAUUUAUGAAACAUGAGGACAUGUCACAAAAUGCACAGAAUUUAAAAUUCGAGUCAUUGAAUCAUAUUCAAUGAUCUACUUUAUGGAUGCUCAGGGAAUAUGUGACUAAUCAAUGGGUUUAUUACUGCAAUAAUAAUUAUUGUCAUUCAUUCAUUCAUUCAUCUUCCGUACCGCUUGAUCCUCACUAGGGUCGCGGGGGGUGCUGGAGCCUAUCCCAGCUGUCUCCGGGCAGUAGGCGGGGGACACCCUGAAUCGGUUGCCAGCCAAUCGCAGGGCACACAUAGACGAACAACCAUCCACGCUCACACUCACACCUAGGGACAAUUUAGAGUGUUCAAUCAGCCUGCCACACAUGUUUUUUUUUUGGAAUGUGGGAGGAAACCGGAGCACCCGGAGAAAACCCACGCAGGCCCGGGGAGAACAUGCAAACUCCACACAGGGAGGCCGGAGCUGGAAUCGAACCUGGUACCUCUGCACUGUGAAGCCGAAGUGCUAACCACUGGACUACCGGGCCGCCCCUUAUUGUCAUUCAGUGUUCGGAUUUUUGUUUCAUCUACGUAGCAGUUUCAUUACUUUAUCGUUAUGUGCACUUUCAACCAACGUGGACUGUUGACGCAAUACUAAGCCAACUAGUCGAGCAGAGUGAUUGACGCGCGGUGUGAAAAAAAUGAGAGAGGAAUCUUGGAGUGGAGUCAUCUCCGUCAAACUGUUCAAAUAUUUUUCACUGUUAGCACAGUUAUUUGAAUCUUAAAUUGGAGUCCACACCCAAACAGUGUGGACAGUUCGCAAUGCUUGCAGCUGGCAU